AACGAAAUCUGCAGUCGAGAGCAUUAUUAAGCAAUCCAGACAACCUGAACCCGACAGAAUUUUUUCAGUGUUUGCCGAAGCCAUUGUGGCUGUCGGCUUUCAUACAGCCUGUCUACGAAAUCUAGAAGCUCCAAGCGUGGAGGAGACACACGAGGCACAAAAGCGCCUUGCAGCAGCUUUGUGUCUCUACAAAGAUAUUCAGAACUUUCCAAGCACUCUGUUGAAAUUCCAGGUCACUUUGGUCAUGGCAGUGAUUGCAUACAUAUGCGAAGAGUCCUCGAUUUGGGAGAAAAUCACAGCGGCAGUUUGUUGUGCGCGUGACCUCCGCCUCGUUCACGCAGCAAGAGGCCAACAAUCUAGUAUGAGUGACCAAGAUCAAGAGCUGGCCCAACGGGGGGUUUGGUUUCUCUACAGCCUUGAGACAGACUACGCAAUUCACCAUGGCAUGCUACCGAUCCUUGAUCUUGGCUGGGGGAUUCAGUUCCCAUCAUUCGAUAAAGGAGACGAUAUCAUUACCGUGUCAUACACCUUUUCUGAGCUCCUGCACUCGGUGCUCAAGUUUCAGUAUAGCCCGAGGGCACUCAACAAGUCUGCAUCCGCAUAUGAUCGUCGCGAUCGACUGCAGGCUAGCUGUCAUGUUCUUAACGAAUGGCUCAGUGGCCUGCCGGCACCUCUGAAAGAGGCGAAUGAUGCCAAGGUACUCCAAAGCAUAAAGGACGACCGGCAGCUCCGGAAGGCGUUCCGUGUCUUCUGCAUGUAUCAUCGGGCUGUGUUUUUCAUCCACUGUCCGUGGAUUACACCGAUUGCCACAGAUGACGAGGAUCUGUCCGGCGUUGCCGAGCAGACUAGGGAAAGAUGUGUUGAGCGUUGUGUCGAGUCGGCAUUUGCGGUUGUCAAACUGGCUAAUAGCGGGCUCUUCUGGGAAAAGGGGCUUGAAAGAGACAUUGGGUCGUCAAGCAUGAAAUGGGGCAACAUGGGGCAGCUUCUACUGGUAUCACUUUGCUUCAUUGUCUACUAUCUCAUAAAUGGAGAGAAGGCGAAUCGCAAGACAGCAAUGCCUUAUCUAGCUAUUUGUGGAGGGCUGUUCGGAAGACUGAGCUUGGAUAGUGACGAGGGUUCUUUGAUGGAUCAUUACUUAGAACUGAUUCAAGUGGUGAGGGCGAGUUGACAUAUUUCGAAGAAAUCAUAGCGAGAGCGAGACAGAUGAGACCCAUGAAGUCCGAAUACAAUAGCGCAUUAGUUGAAAAUGACAAAUCUACCAAAUACCGUCC